AUGUCAGCUCCAGAUAUUCCCCACCAUAUUGCAGUCCUUAUCGAGGCUGCAGUCGGAGAGGUCAUUGCGGACGGUGACAGCGACCAAGUGGUGGUGACUACUUUGGCUGAUCUGUUUGAAGUCAAGAAAGCCGUAUCUAAGGGCAACUCGGCGCAACUGGUUGGUUCCAUGACGGAGGAAGCACUUCACCAUUUGACAGAGAAGCGUUAUAGCAGUCGAUUUGGGUCUCUUACGCUGAACUCUGCCGAUGGAUAUAACGCCGGGCUGCGUUCAGCAGCCGAGCCGAAAGGGGCUCGUCCAACGUUUGCUGCUCAAGCAAGUCACGGCGAACCCUCUCCCGAACUCAAAAGAUCGCAUGCAAGGCCAUGUUCCAAUGACAGGAGAAAACGGUCAAUACUAGAUGGAUAA